CUUCUAACCAAUACGGAGACGUGAUGGGGGCGUUCCGGAGCGCUUCGUUCUCCCUUGCCGAUUAGAAGCACAACAAACCCGGCGGCGAGAUCGCAUGACCGCAGAUUCCGCAAAAUAAAGAGCGACGACACAGUGACGGUGUCAGCGAUGGGGAAGUCCCAGUCACUGCUGUCUUGGCACAAAGACGUCAGUCAGGACGCAUUGACAGCAAAUACGGACGAGUACGAUGAGACGUCGGUGCCGGAGGAUGGAAAGAAUGGAGAAGUUUCACAGUUUCCAUAUGUGGAGUUCACUGGACGGGACAGCGUGACCUGUCCCACGUGUCAGGGCACCGGUCGCAUCCCACGAGGUCAGGAAAAUCAGCUGGUGGCUCUGAUUCCUUACAGUGACCAAAGGCUGAGGCCGAGCAGAACGAAGCUUUACGUGACCAUCUCGGUGUGCGUUUGCCUACUGCUGUCCAGCCUCGCCGUCUUCUUCCUAUUCCCUCGCACCAUCAACGUCGAAUACGUGGGCGUCAAGUCGGCUUACGUGGCCUACGAUCACGAGAGACAGAUCAUCUAUCUCAACAUUACGAAUACGCUGAACAUCACGAAUAACAACUAUUACGCCAUAUCGGUCACCAACAUCACCGCCCAAGUGGAGUUUGCCAAGACGGUGAUCGGCAAAGCCAAGUUCAACAAGAACAGCACUGUCAUCGUACCUCUGGACCAGCGGCAGAUUGACUACACCGUUCCCACUGUGAUUGCAGACGAAUUAAAUUACAUGUUUGACUACUGUACGCUGCCGUCCAUCAGAGUCCACAACAUGGUGGUCAUGAUGCAGGUAACGGUGACAACGUCAUACUUUGGCCACGCCGAGCAGGUGUCGCAGGAGAUGUACCAGUAUGUGGACUGUGGAGGGAACACCACGACCUUGCAUGGUCGCGUGGAAGCAUUCUAAGAACACCAGCCCAACUAUCAAAAGUCUUUGUCUUACUAGGUGAAGUGCUAGUUAGUUGGUGCUUUCUUCCUGAAUUGAACAGCCGUAACAGCUGCUUUUUGCAUUAACAGUGUGUUAAAGUAAAAGGCUAGUUUGGAAAAAGUUCUUUUAACAAUAAAAGUGUGUUUUAGAAAGCUUGCAUAGUUCACACUCCGACUAUCGUUUGGCAUGUUUUUGCCGGCUGUUCUGGACCACUAACUUCCCCAGCACUUUUCAUCCUCUAGAGGUACUAAAAAGUAUUAAUAAGUCAGUCAAGGGAGAAAGGUACUUUUGGUUUAGUUGACACUUCAUAUUGUUUUGUGUUUCUCUUAACUGGACUUUUGGCUGUAUUUUGACGUGUUUAGUCCCUGCUGUUGUUUCUUCACUAUUAUUUGAGCAUUUCUUUGGAGUGUGAUUUUAACACAAAUGUGAUUGCAGUAAAAGAUGUCAUGAAUAUCUGCUAUUUUUGCAAGUGGCAACGGGGUAUGUUAUGAGACAUGAAAAUGGAGCUUGAUUAUGAACUGGAUGCAUUUUGGUCUAUUUUUCUGAAUCUGUGGUGACCUCCGUUCUCUCUGUGCAACUUGUGAUACCAUGUUGUUAAAUAAACUUAAUUGGAUUCUUUCAUUUGCUAUUUAAAAAAAUCUAUAUAAGAUGGAUAACAUUUGAGGUUACUUUGUAAAGGAACGCCUAAAAUAAAAUGUUUUGUCCUUUCA